AUGAACUCCUCCAUAUCCAUCCAUGAAUCCUUUCAAGACCGACCUCCAAGUCCUGAUCAUGACUCGCUUUCCAUACAAAUCCUUCAUUCAUCUAUCUUAAAUCUGAUAAACUCUUGGCGCACAAGACAGAAAUGGCUUCACCUUCUUUGCAUCACCACCAAACCCAGAACCCAAUCUGUUCAAGAUCAAAACUUUGCUCCGAAUUGGCGGAACCAGUUGGUGAGUUUCCUAGAAUCGACAUGGGUUCACAUGUUUUCGGUCCUCCUCCUCGUACUAGACCUCCUCAUCACCAUCUCCGAACUGUCCUCCUCGUGGAUAAUAAUUUCCUGUGAUGAUAGGCCGAACUACCAUCAGAACAGAACACAAGAGAAAGCAGAACUGGGAUUUAUUCUCCACUGGGUUGGAAUUGGAAUCCUGGGUUUGCUCUCUGUAAAGACGAUGGCUUUAUUGGUGGGGUUAGGGUGGUCCUUCUUCAGGCAUGGUGGGUAUGUGCUGGAUGGGAGUGUGGUGAUUGGAGCUUUGGUUUUGGAAGGCUUAUUGGAGAAGAAAGGAGGAGGUCUGGUUGUUAUAGUGAUGCUGUGGAGGGUAAUUAGAGUGCUUGAAAGUGCCUUUGAGUUGAGUGACGAAGCCAUUGAAGCUCAGAUUGAAGCGAUAAUUUGCCAGUUCGAGGCCGUUGGUGAGGAGAAUAGGAGGCUCUCGGAGACAAUUCAAAAACUUAAAGACGAUUUAGAUCAAAGUUGA